UAGCCCGCGUCGUGUGGUCGUGUUUGUGGAUUUUAUCACAGCACUAUCUUACAAAACAAGCUGCUUUUAAAGGAAGCUUCGUUUGUUUGGUAAAGGGUGUUGUUGGACAAAUAUCAGGAAAGAUGUCAGAUGAAGAUGAAGCUCCAGUUGUGAAAAGGUCCAGGAUCUUCUAUGGAAGCCUUGAGGAAAAGGAGAAGGAGCGUCUCAGCCGUGAAGGGACAUCCACCACUGCCAAAGAUGCCGUUAAAGCUGGCAUUGAGGCUGGACAUAUUAAUAUCUCCAGUGGUGAGUCCAUGGAGAUGGAGGAGCGUGUGAGCGAGAGACAGGCUGAAGUGCUGGCAGAGUUUGAGCGCAGGAAGAGAGCCAGACAGAUCACCGUCUCUACUGAUGAUGUAGAGGUGAAGGCCUGCCUUCGUGCACUUGGAGAACCAAUCACAUUGUUCGGGGAGGGGCCUGCAGAGAGACGAGAGAGAUUGAGAAACGUUCUUUCAGUACUUGGUCCUGAUGCCUUAAAGAAAUCCAAGAAAGAGGAUGAAAAAGCAAAACGCACUCAUGAAGAGUAUCAACAGACAUGGUACCAUGAAGGACCUACAUCUCUGAAGGAAGCGCGUUUGUGGUUAGCCAAGUAUUCACUGCCUAGAGCUGUGAAACGUUUAGACGCAGCAAGAGCCCAAAAAGAAAUUCCAGAAUCUACACGAACAAUUAAACAGCAAGAGCUUCACAAGAACUUGCGGAAUGUAAAUAACUUCUGCAGCCAGAUCGGAGACGACCGUCCAAUAUCUUACUGCCAGUUUAGCCCCAACUCAAAGCUGCUUGUGACGGCAUCAUGGUCGGGCUUGUGUAAAUUGUGGAAGGUCCCCGAUUGUACUCUUAUACGCACAUUAAGAGGUCACAAUACCAAUGUGGGAGCGAUUAGCUUUCACCCACAAGCCACACUAACACUUGAGGAGUCAGAUGUCAAUAUGGCCUCUUGUGCUGCAGAUGGAUCUGUUAAGCUGUGGAGUUUAGACAGUGAUGAACCUAUAGCAGACAUUGAGGGACACUCUAUGAGGGUGGCUCGGGUGACCUGGCAUCCCUCUGGCCGGUUUCUGGGCACAACUUGCUAUGAUCACUCAUGGCGACUUUGGGAUCUUGAGGUCCAAGAAGAAAUUCUUCAUCAGGAGGGUCACAGUAAAGGCGUCCAUGAUCUGCACUUCCACCCAGAUGGCUCUUUGGCAGGAACUGGUGGUUUGGAUUCAUUUGCACGUGUCUGGGACCUGCGCACUGGUCGCUGUGUCAUGUUCCUAGAGGGCCACAUCAAAGAGAUUUACAGCAUCAACUUUUCCCCAAACGGCUUUCAUGUGGCAACGGGAAGUGGAGAUAAUGCCUGUAAAGUGUGGGACCUUCGCCAGAGACGGUGCAUAUACACAAUCCCAGCCCAUCAGAACCUUGUGUCCUCUGUCAAGUUCCAACCUAAUGAUGGGCAUUAUUUGCUGACUGGUGCGUAUGACAACACGGCUAAAAUCUGGACUCAUCCUGGCUGGUCCCCGCUGAAGACCCUGGCAGGACAUGAGGGGAAGGUGAUGGGGGUUGACCUUUCACCUGACGGACAGCUCAUCGCAACCUGUUCUUAUGACCGAACCUUUAAACUCUGGAUGUCAGAAUGAGAUGUUUGGUCUUGAUGUACAGGGCGUUUGUCAUUUUUGUAAUGCGGUUUUAUUUUUUUCCACUUCAGUUUUUAAGUUCAACCUUUGAACCGAAAGAUGAUUGAAUUAAUUAAAGCACAAGUUCAAUCAGUGAAA